CGUCAUCGACUCAGUUCAUCCGUCCUUUGAGAGACCGCCGCUUGGUUUAGCGCUGGAGGGUUUCGAAGAGGAAGAGGGAGAGGAGGAAGAUGGGGUCCAGGACGGGUCUGGUCGAGGAGCUGAUCGAGAGGAACUGCGGUGUCGCCGUAAUCGACGGAGGCCUCGCGACGCAGCUGGAGGCGCUCGGCGCCGACAUCAACGGUCCCCUCUGGAGCGCCCGCUGCCUCAUCUCAGAUCCCCACCUCAUCAAACAGGUUCAUCUUCAGUACCUUGAAGCAGGUGCUGAUAUACUGGUGACAUCAUCUUAUCAGGCGACAAUUCCUGGAUUUUUGUCCAAAGGUUUCUCCAUUGAAGAAGGAGAGUUGUUACUUCAACAAAGUGUCAAACUGGCCCUUGAAGCCCGAGAUAAUUUUUGGAAACUCAAUGCUGACAACUACUAUAUUCGUGCUUUGGUGGCAGCUUCAAUUGGGAGCUAUGGAGCUUAUCUUGCAGAUGGUUCAGAAUAUAGUGGGCAUUAUGGACCAGAUAUGAACUUGGAGAAACUGAAAGAAUUUCACAGGCGACGAUUGCAAGUUCUUGUAGAUGCUGGCCCAGAUUUGCUGGCAUUUGAAACCAUUCCUAAUAAGCUUGAAGCACAGGCAUUAGCUGAGCUUCUUGAUGAAGAAAACAUCCAAAUUCCAUCUUGGAUCUGUUUCAGCUCUGUGGAUGGUGAACAUAUGUCUUCUGGAGAGGACUUUAAAGAAUGUCUUGACAUAUUAAAUAGGAAUGAAAAAGUCAACAUUGUUGGGAUAAAUUGUGCAUCACCACAGUUUAUAGAGAACCUUAUUCUUAAAUUUAAAAAGUUAACAAACAAACUGUUGGCUGUUUAUCCAAACAGUGGUGAAGUGUGGGAUGGUAGGGCUAAAAGAUGGCUGCAACCAGAGCGUGUCGGUGAAAAGAGCUUUGAAUUUCUUGCAAAAAGAUGGCAUGAAUGUGGUGCUAGUCUUAUUGGAGGAUGCUGUCGAACAACACCUUGCACCAUACGAUCGAUUUCCAAGUUGCUAAAGAACAUGUCCUGACUAAUUUUUGGAUCUAACGGAUUCGUGAGUUACUAGCCAAAGAACAUUUAUCUGCAAAAUGCUGUCUCGCAUAGUUUGAUUGUACUUGUAUGUUUGGUAGGGUAACUUACCCUUUAGACAUUUUGGAAUAUGUCACAGGCAUACAUUUUAGACAUUUAUCUUCAUUUUCAGUUAUCCUUUUCAGCCAAUUUAAUUGAUGUGUCUUGUAAACAGUUCAGAUUGUCAUGAAUGAUAUAUUAUUGGUUUGGCCUUUUUUUUUU